GAGUCGUUAAUUGCAUGUGGAGAGAGCGCGGUGUUAUAUACUCCCAACACCUGUAUGCUUCAUGAGCCAUUGACGUCAUGAGGUCCACGCAGGCGCAUUUUACAACGUCGCAAUCAUACGAGGGUUAGGAGAUCAGAACGCGGCACGCUCUCUAGGCGCGCAGACGAUACCGCAUUUUCAGAACUCCGUUACCUACGCGGGAAAUCACGGCAGUACAAUGCUAUCGAUUCGUCAACUGAUUUUCUUGCUGAUACUCAACUACUCGCAUCGGGCCUUAUGUGCGCCGGUGGCCCAACAUUCAGAAACGAACGACGCCUCGGAGAAUAAAACUGAUUUGCCGGUGGAGCAGUUGGAAAAAUUGAAAACGGCGGAUUCGAGUGGAGAUGGUGCUGGGGUCGGAAGCGCACACGUUGAAUUCCAUAGUCUUGAUGCCAUAAAAGCAAACGGCGAGCUUGUAUCUCGACUAGAGCAACACGCUUCAGCUGACUCGGUGAACGGUGAGAAACCACGGGUACACGCUCAAGCCCAGCUGGACGUGCCUUCGGAAGGUGUUCACCGCGUCCUCGAAAAUGACGGCUCUCAUGUCAGCGUGCAUGACGUCACAUCACCUCCAACGGCAGCAGCAGAUGAGGUUACUCCUAAGGUUUUUCACGGAGCAGCGCGCCUUAUCCAGCCAGGCUCGGCGACCAGCGCGCCCCAGGGCCACACCGCGGCACGCCGUGCUCUCAAUCCAGCUCCAGUUAAUCAAGUGGAACACUUUUCACCGGCGAACACAGCAGCCGGUGUCCAGUACACGCCGAUGGAGAUGGCCGAAUACGUAUUCUGGACCGGAGACGAGCGCGGCGUGACCACCGCCAUUGAGGUCUUCUUGCAGGAGGGAAUGAUGACGAAGGAAGAAGCUAUAUCUUUCUUAGAAGAAAUCAAAUUCAAUUUGGACUAUCUACGCGCGCACUACGCGCAGAACAUGAAGGCUGCAGAGGAGAACGCUCACCAGGAGAAACUCAGGAACAUGCUCCUAGAACAGGUCAAGGAUUACCAGUACCGCGUUCCGGUGGUCCAGUCCUCGUUCGGAGGUAACCACGCGCGCGGCUGGGAGCUCGGCGCCGGCGCCCCCCUGGACCCCGUCAAACGCGCCUACGACCCGAUGCUCCAGACCAACAUUAUCAGCACAUCGGACUACGACCGCGACGGCCAGAUCAUCACCGAUGAGGAGUACGAGGAGAUGAUGGACAAACUGAAGGCAGCCGAUACUCUGUACACGGAAUACACUCUCGAGGAAAUCAUCUACCAGCUCGCCAAGAUGAUGUUCUCGCAGUCUCUGUCCCGGGACCCCGCGUCGGCGCGCGCCGCAACGCAGCGCUUCAUGGCGUUCCUGGAACUGGAGGCCGAGCGGGGACAGCUCUCCCGGACUAUCGAGAAGAAAGUGCUCGAUGUCAUGAUCGCUGCUUUGACGGACACGAUCGGCGAUCACCCGGAACUGCUGCAGGCGCACGAUUCCAUCGGAGUGAGCCCUGGGAACAGGCUGAUGCGGCAGUUCUUGGAGACGAGUGCAUCAGAGCCAGGGAUGUCGCGCGCCAUACUGGCCGCCUACAAGGACGAGUUGCUGCGAGGACCGCCGCGCGCCCCGUACGAGCGGAACUAAGCGGCCGCGCCCGACGCACUCACGACCUUAUCGUUUACUUUACCGUCAACGUUAGUUACAUCACUAGUCCUUUAUUUGUCUACGCCAGCGGUCGGGGAACUUUUUUAUUUUUUAUUUAUUUAUUUAUUUACGUACACACAAAAAAUAAGACAUAGUACAGAGUAAUAGGAGAAUUAUGUACAAAGGCACUGCUUAUUUCUUUAAGAAAUCUCUUCCAGCAGACCUGCGAGAGUAUUAUGAGAAUAAUAAUUAAAAGUGGAUGAGUGUGUGUAGAACAGGUAAAAUAACAAAUACAACAUGAGAAUUAUAGUAAUGCUCACUCUCACAUACUCAUUUUUUAAUGAUUACCCCAAAAUAUUUUUGUGCAAGUUGAUAUUACCCCAUGGCGAAGAACAAAAAAAAACCCGCAAUCGCUUCUUUUUUAGCAUCUUUCCUAUUAUAGCCCCCAUGAUAAUUUUGAAAAGAAAACAAUAACUAAAAAUUUAACGAUUCUAAAGAAGUUUCACUUCAAUAUAUUCUUUUUACUUACAAAAGUUUCAUUUUUACCCCCUAAAAUUUAAUUUUACCCCCCAUUUAAGAUAAUUUACCCCGGUUCCCCGACCGCUGGUCUACGCUAUGGUUACGUGCUUAAAGCCUCAUUGUGGGCGUCUACAUUUGUGCUAAUUUCUGUUUUAACUUUUUUUUUAAGCUAGGUCAUUAAUAUAUACGUCUUUAUCGGUUCGGCAAGUUUCUGUAGCGAUAUUACAUAAUAUUUAUUAUCUAUGGCGAAGCAUCAAACCGCCAAAAACGUGCUACAGGCAGUAUUCGCGCUUCAAGUUCGUGUUAUGUACGGUAUAGAAAAAGAUAGUUGCCGCAUAAAACGCUCGCGUCAGUGAAGGACGGAGAUAGUUGCCGAACAAGUUAAAAAAUACGUUUGGAUUGUUUGUUCAGAAUAAAUGAGUUGGUUCCCUAAUCAUAUAUGACAGACAUUUUGGUUAGUUUUGGUUAUUUAAUUUAUAUUUCAGACUAUCAAUGCCAUAAACACGUUGCUAUAACCUAUAAUUAAAUUAAUAUUGUUAUUAAUGCACCUAUGUCUAUUUGUUAUUGUGAUUUAGUUGUUUCGAAUCUUGAUCACGGGCUAGUUUCCGGAGGUCGAGCAUGCGUCCUGCGUGCGGAGACGUAGGUGUCGGUUUCCCUCAUCAUUAUUAACUGUAUGUUUUAGUAUUUAUAGCAUGAACGUUUAGAUCAAAUUAGAGCGUAAAACUUAAACAUACGUAGCAUGGUAUUAUAAUACACGUUUUGUAAUUAUCUUUUUUAGAAUAAGAUGUAUUGUUGCAGCUAUUAAUCCAAUGUCUAUUUUAUGAAUAAAAAAAAAAAACAUUAAGGACUUAAUACAUCAAAAGUUUUCCAUCGGAUUUCGUCAUCACAGCUAAGUAAUUUUGAAUGUUGCCAAAUAUGUGGAAAAAAAUGCGUUUAAUGUUUAAACCGCCAUUUUAUUUCAUACCAUUUCAUGAAAAUACCAGUUUUGUUAUGAUUUCAAAGAAUAGAUAAAAAUGAAUGCUAAGUGUAAGGUAGAGAAAUGUUAAAUAUGUAGCUAGUCAAAUAUUUCUUCAUAUUUUUCUACCUAUUUCUAUAUAUUCGGGCUAUGUGCAUCUUUAUGUUGUAUGACCAUUUUUGCAGACUACAAUUAUUGCAUUUUUACGUGUUUUAGCAUAUCCAGUUGCAUAUCUUUUGUAACGUUUUUAUAAAUUAGUCUCGCUGAAGAAAUCAAAAGGUUUCCCGUCAACACAAAUUUGCACAUACUCGUAAUUUAAUCUUCGACUAUAUAAAAUGCAUAUUACAAAGUCUUCUAUCUUCUUGGAAAUGUUUAACAUACCUAUUAGAAUCAAACUCGUUUAUAAGAUAAGACUUGAUUACCUUAUACUAAUACGGCAUUCUUGGGAAUGAUGCUGUAAUGUUAGUAAAUCGCAAAUUUACUAUAUUUAUAUUAUUCUUUGAAAUAUAUUGUGGAUUUAAUAAAAAAUAAUGGUUACUGUCA